AGCCCUUUUUGGAAUGUGUGCUCCAGAUACGCUACCUUCUUCCCCAAAGCAGACGUUUUAUUUAAAAUAAAGCUGCUUGUUUGGCACUUCUGGGCAAUCAUUUUUGAAGAACCACAGCCAUGAGUGGCUUUGGAGCCCUACUUGGAAGAAACCAGUUCAUCCUUCUGGUGCUUUUUCUUUUGCAAAUUCAGAGUCUGGGUCUGGACAUGGAGAGUCGUCCUACCACUGAAGUCUGUGCCACACACACUAUAGCACCAGGACCCAAAGGAGAUGAUGGCGAAAAGGGAGAUCCAGGAGAGGAGGGGAAACAUGGCAAAGUGGGACGCAUGGGCCCGAAAGGAAUUAAGGGGGAGCUGGGUGAUGCAGGAGACCAGGGCAACAUUGGCAAGACCGGGCCCAUUGGCAAGAAGGGUGACAAAGGGGAAAAGGGUUUGCCAGGGAUCCCAGGAGGAAAAGGCAAAGCAGGCACUGUCUGUGAUUGUGGAAGAUACCGGAAAGUUGUUGGACAACUGGAUAUUAGUGUUGCUCGCCUCAAGACAUCUAUGAAGUUUGUCAAGAAUGUCAUCGCAGGGAUUAGGGAAACUGAGGAGAAAUUCUACUACAUCGUGCAGGAGGAGAAGAACUAUAGGGAAUCCCUGACCCACUGCCGGAUCCGGGGUGGAAUGCUGGCCAUGCCAAAGGACGAAGCUGCCAACACCCUCAUUGCCGACUAUGUCGCCAAGAGUGGCUUCUUCCGGGUGUUCAUCGGGGUGAACGACCUUGAGAAGGAGGGACAGUAUGUGUUCACAGACAACACUCCACUGCAGAACUACAGCAACUGGAGAGAGGGGGAGCCCAGUGACCCCUAUGGUCAUGAGGACUGUGUGGAAAUGCUGAGUUCAGGCAGAUGGAAUGACACAGAGUGCCAUCUUACCAUGUACUUUGUCUGUGAGUUUGUCAAGAAGAAAAAGUAACUUCCCUCGUGCUACACAUUUGUUCUUUCUCUGCGACUACCAUUGCAGUUAUUUUUAUCCAUCCUUUUCUUUCUAAUUAUGCCAAAUUCAUUCUGACUCAAAACAAGUGGAAAAUGCUGAACUGAGGUUUGGAAUCUCCAUUGCUGUCGUCUUCUCUGAUGAUCUUGAACAUUGCCAUACACGGUAUAUUAUUGAGUCAGUAGCUCACCGAGUUACAUGGAUCCUGAGAGAGAGUUUGAAUUACUAGUUGUGCAGAAUGUGGCUAUCCAUGUGUCAGAUGAAGUGUUCUCUUGGCAUUUGCUCUGCUGUCUCUCCUUAGGUUCCUAAACCACUGUCCAUUUAACCCAGUGGAUAAUUGGACAGCUGGUUGGUGACGAUUAGGCUAACUUACCCUUGCUCAAAGCCAGAUGCAUGGGAAGGCCUUCUGCUAGGGGUGCAGAGAUGUUAUCUGUCUUUGAAGCCGAGAUCCCCUAUUCUUUUAGUGGUCACCCACCAUGCCUGUAGCCACACUUGCAAGGUCCUCUUGUUUGCUCAGACAUAAGAUUAUUUUCUUUUUUUUUUA